AUGAAAAGAAAGAGGAUAACUUCGAGGUACUCAAGGACUGGAUGUAUUGAGUGUAAGAAUUCUCACAGUAAGUGUAAUGAGAAGAAGCCACGGUGUAGCAGAUGUGCAAAAAAGGGCUCUUCUUGUGUUUAUGAGCCCCAAUUCAUUCAUCACGUUAUUGAGAACCGGGGUAAAGAAACCAAAUCUUCAGGAAAGAAAGGCUGUACUCUGAAUAGCGAAACAAAAGAUGGGGUGCUUACAAAUUCCUUGAACACAUCCCUAAGAAAACGAACAUCGUAUCAUUUCUCUAAUGAACUUCUAGAUAUCAAAGAUUUUGUUUACAUCUCCCCUUUGGAUAUCGAUGUUUUAGAGGAUUCACAGCUUGAAAUCACUGACUUACAACGCCAAAAGAACUCAUGCAAUUGUCGAAAUCUGGAACUUUUCCGUCUAUCUUGGAGAAAUACGUCUUUUGUUAAACGCUUUCAGACGGUAUCAAACUUUGAUCCAGUUAAACCUUUGGCUCAAAAUUGUGAAUUAGGGAUAGUUCCAAAUACGUUCUUUCAUGAUAAUAAUCUUUUAAACUUUGUAUGGACUUUCAUGAGUUGUACACGAUGCGCCUGUAACUUUGUUCUAUUUCCUCAUGACAAGUUCGAUAAUUUUAUGCGGAUUUUGCUAAAGAUAAACAGCUGUUGUGCUAUAAUUGAGAGCGUUCUCAAAUAUGAAAGCUCUCUUUUAAUGGAACACGUUUAUGAAUUCAAUGGACUCAGUGAGCGGGCAAAUGCUUGGAAUCGUUAUAUCCGUUUACCAAGUUUAAGAUCCUGUCUCAAAACCUUAGAGGAUAGGAUAAAUAGCCCCGCAAGCUACCCUGAAUGUGUUGCCUUAACUUUUACGGUAAUCAUACUUUUUAGCGCAAAUAGUGCCAAUCGGAGCACUGUUUGGCGAACUCAUUUAAAAGGCAGCUUGAUAAUGCUCAAUAAGCUUGAAGGAAUGCAACCUAAAAAAAAUUUAACGGAUACUGAUUUAGCAGCGAUUGAGUUGCAUGAAAUACUAAAGGAUAUCUUUUGUCACGCUGAACUUCUGGCCAACAUAACUUCAGAUAACGGUGGGUCAAUAUAUCGGCCAGAAAAAUUGCAGAGAAUACUGGAAAGUGCUCCAUAUUCAAGUAUAAAUUUGCUGAAUGAUCAGUUCGACCUAUUCAGAGGAUAUGUGUCUACCCUUAGUCCUAUUUUUUGCAAUAUAUCGCUCAAGCUACUGCAGUUGAGAGAUAGAGGAAUAAAUUUGAGUGGGUCGAAUCUACUUAAGUUUAGAUUUCUGAAUAAGGACUUAAAAGUUUCCGACGAACUGCGAAGCUUUGGUAUAGAAGUUUUGAAUGCGCUUGACUCUGCAAAAUUAAGCAAAGAGGAAUUGAAAAUAACUAUAAGUGAGGUUGAAGAUUUUCGGCUUCAAUUGUCCAUGAAAUGUUCGAACUCCUUAUACUUCUUGGCGUUAACGUUAUACCUAAAAGUUUUCUUUAUUAAUACGCCUGCAUACUCUGAAGACAUUCUUGGGAUUAUCGAAGACAUGUUAGAGACAGCUUAUUCGAUGCCUUACUAUAACACUGCAGCUAUUGCAUGCCACUGGGCUGUAUACCUAGGGGCGCUUGUAUCAACUGUCAUAGAUCAAGCUAAUCUAUUUCAGCACUUCAUUGAUAUACUUCAAAAAUUAGCUGAAAAUGGUCUUCUAGUAGCAGCAAAUUCUAUCGAGCGAUUGAAUUACAUUUCUAAGGUAAUGUCAGAAAAAAACUAUGAUGCUCUUGUGAACGUAGAUCACGACUUUAUAGUAUUAUAG